AUGCUGAAGAGGUCAAACAGUUGGAGUGCUUCAUCCAGCAGCGAUGUCGACCCAUCCAGCGUGGAUGACUUCUUGGUGCCCCAGCAGCCACAACUACGUCCAGAGCACGUUGUGUGGCAUGACUCUUCCGAAACGACGUCGGAGUCAGCUGCUUCCACGGCCCAUGGCAGAGUCUCCAUGGAAGAGAAGAUACGUAUGGAAAAAGUCGCUGCAGUCCAGGCAAAGAUAAGGGAACUCACACAAUCAGACCCGAUGCUUGGUGAGGAUGGCCCACCCCCAGAGAUAGUGUAUGGAUGGUCCCAGGGCAGUGCCAACCACGACAACGGGAAGUGUACGCCUUGCAUCCACUUCACUACUCGGGCGGGUUGCAAGCACGCAGAGGCUUGCAGGUUUUGCCACCUGGAACAUGGCGAGGACGCCCGACGUGGAAGACAUCGGCCAUGCAAGGCAACCCGAAACCAAUGCAAGCAGCUCUUGGCACAGAUGAACGACCUCUAUAAGGACGAUCCAGAACAGAAGCAGCAGGCAUAUCUCAAGUUGGCUCAGCAGAGCCCGUACAUGAAAAGUCUUCUGAAAGGAGUCCUCGACUCUGAAGAUACAGAAGCUGCUGCAUCAUCAACUGCGCCACGUCCACCUGGCCUACAAGACGAAGACAGGAAAGGAAGCGCGCCGUCCCAAGGACGAAAGAACGGAAGAAAGAAUUUGAUCUCGUUGUAA